AUGGCGUGCAGGAACACGGAAGACAAACUGAAACUCGCUGACAUGCUCAGCACCUUCGGCAUGCACUUCAUCGAAGGCGGAUGGCCGUCGGUGGACACGGUGGACGAGGCGUUUUUCAAGCGUGCGAGGCAAGAGCUGUCGCCUUCAUGCUUCCACAAGCUUGUUGCCAUGCUGCCGUUCGCAGAGGGAGGGAGGGAGGAGGAGGAUCGCGAGCGAGCAAGAGACUCGUUAGCUCUCAACGUCCGGAAUUUCGGGCUGGCGUUUACAGUUCUGGGAGCUGACGGGGAGUGGGUCAGCAAGGGUUGCCUCGCCCGCCUUGUUGGUCAGAUCAAGAUCAUAAAGGAGUGGGAGAGGACGGCUGAAGGCAAACUCAAGACCUUCGUGCACCUUCACAACGGGUUCGAUGCCUGGAGGCAAGACAGCAGCGCUUUGCUAGAGAUCAUGUCGACGCUGCAGGAGGCAGGAGCCGAUGCCCUGGUGGUGGUGGACAGCGGAGGGAUCGGAACGCCAUGGGAGAUCUCGGCCAUGGCAAAGGAGAUGCUUCAGAGGAAGCGAACGCAGGAGCACGGGACGUGGCUGGGAGUCUCUUGCAGUGACAACUUGGAGCUCGCGGCAGCAAGCGCCCUGUACGCGGCCAAGGAGGGGAUGGAGCUGGUGACAGGCACGGUGAACGGGCUGGAUGGGACAACGGACCUCACUACGGUGAUCCCUGUGCUGCAGCUGAAAAUGAAGCUGGAGCUGGUCGAGGGACAGGCGCUGAGGACGCUGACGAGGCUGUCGAGGACCGUGAACGAGCAGAUGAAUCUUCCUCACCGAUCGAACCAGCCCUUCGUCGGGAACUCGGCCUUCGCCCACAAGGGAGGCAUCCACGUUGCCGCUGUGCUGAAGAACGAAGACUCAUACCAACACAUCGACCCGACGCUGGUCGGGAACCAGAGGAGGGUGCUGAUCAGUGAGCUGUCGGGGAGGGGGAAUAUCAUGAGCAAGGUUGAGGAGUUCGGGAUGCUCGGGCAGCAGGGAGGAGCGCUGAAGAGCGGAGAGAGGCAGGGCAAGGAUGAGGAUUGGAAGCAGAGGAGCGGAGAGAUCCUCAAGUCAGUGAAGGAGCUCGAGAGGAAGGGCUACACGUUCGAAGGGGCGGAGGCGUCAGUGGACCUCAUGAUCAGGAGGAGCCUGCCGGAGUACCGUCCUGCCUUCACCGUGGUGGAGUACCAAGUGUACAACUACGACAUCGAGCCGACG